AUGAGCUCAAUAUCAUUUACAGAUAAAAAUUCAAGUUAUUUUUCAACAUCAGUUUCAUCAUCAUCCUUAUCAACAUUAUCAAUAUCAUCAGCUAAGUCAUCUUCCUCAUCAUCAUCAUCUUCAUCAUUAUCAUUAUCAACACCAUUAUUACCUUCAUUAACUCAACCACAAUCAAACUCAUCAAGUAACUAUGGAUCACCCAAAACACCAAAUUCAUUAAAGAGUAGCAUCAAUGGAAUUUCAUCAGGCAUAGAUAAAAUAUCAUUAUAUUCCAAAGACACAAGUUGCACACUAUCAUGCGAUACUGAAAGAGAAAGGGAGAUUAAGGAAGCAGAAUAUUUAUUUCAAUCUAUACCAGACUCAAGCUAUAAUGUAACCAAAAUCAAUCAAUGGGGUAAACAUCAAAAACGUACUCUUCGUUUAACUAGCAGAGGUAUUGAAAAUAUUAGAGGUGAAAUCGUAUCUAGUCUUUAUAGCUACUCAGAUAUCAAAUCAAUUUAUAACCGUGAUUCAGAGACCUUUGUUAUAGAGUAUCAUAAUGCAUCACAUCUUUAUGUCUAUAGGUCCUCUGUUGCCUAUGAAAUUGUUCAAGAGAUUACUUGCAGAUUGAAGCUACGUCAAACCACCGAUAAAAAGAAAACCUCAUACGAUAUUGCAUUAGAAUACCAAAAGAAACUUAAAGCAAAAAAUAGACAAAGUGAAAAGAUUUUAAUAAAUUUCGAACAACAACAACUAGCCAAUCAAUUAAAUGCCACAUUACCACUCUCACCUGAUAUUGGUGGAUCUGAAAAUAGCACAUUUACAAGUGGCAGUUUAAAUAGUUUAAAUAAUAAUAAUUGUUAUUCAGAUGACCAAUCAUCUAUCACAUCAGCCUCACCCUCGGCAUCACCGCCAUCAACAAUUGUAAUGGGUUCCUCGUCCGAUAAUGCAGGCGGUUUUACAGUGAUCAUCGAAGAUGAUGUAAAUGUUGAAUCGAAUGAAGAUACAAGCUCAUCAUUAGACAAAUUCAAGAGUAAAAGAGCAACAAAACUUUCACAGCUUUUGGGUAACACUGAAGAGCAACGUAUCCAAGCAGAGGUCGAUAAAAGUAUACUAAGUCCACAAUCUCCAGAAAGAAAAGCAAUUCAACAAUUUAUGUCAAAUUUAAAUGGUCUCUUAAAGAAUCCUUCAACUGCCAUAAUGAUUGUUCGUCAAUUCAUAGAUACAACUAAACAAAAUAUUUUAUCAGAUAGAGAUUCACAACUAUCAAAACUUUUCGUUCAAACACCAGGCACCCCCCAAAAUGAAGAGAUCUCUUUAUCCACUAUCGUCGAAAAAAGUUUAGAAAAAUCAAUUAUUUUUAGAGCCCAUAAACAAUUAAGUUCAAUUAUUUCUCAGCAAGUUGCUAAAGAUGAACAAUUGCUUCAAGAUGCUAUCUCUAAACUACAAGGUAAAGAUCAAUUAUUCUUUGGCAUUAAAGAAGAGUUUGUUUCGGUAAGUAAUUGGAAAUCUGCAAUUUUAGAAUUAAGUGUGCUCUCCAGAAAUGAUAUUCCUCAUGACAAAUUAGAUACAAUUCUUUCCUCUGCUAGAGCGAUUUAUAAUAGUUUAAAUUAUGAAAAAAAUUCAAAAAACAAAGUUUAUCAAGAUUACUUUUUAUCUGCUGAUGACUUUUUACCUAUAUAUUUAUAUGUUGUUGUAAAUUCAGAUGUCAAAGAUUUAGAAUUUGCAAAUCAAUUUUUAUGGCAACUCUCUGACCCAGAUCGUUUAUGUGGUGAAGGAGGUUACUAUUUAACAGUUUUUAGUUCAAUUUUAAGUUUAAUAAAAUCAUUAAAUAUGGAAAAUAUAGACAAAGCCUCAAUAAUAGACGAUUUAAUACCCUCAAUUAAUUUAAAAAAUGAAAGUUUAGCAAAAAGUUCAAGUAAUAGUGAUUUAACAAAUAAUAGUGAAAAUGAUAGUGAAGAAAGUGAUAGUGACAAUGAAACCAAUUCUUCUUUUGACAUUGACAAAUCAUCAACAAAUAAUAAUAAUAAUAAUAAUAAUAAUAAUAGUAGCUAUGCCAGUGGUAGAGCUAAACUAGGCUCAAGUUGGACUGGUGGCACAAUUUCAAAUAAAAAGAGAACUCAAAGCUUUAAUUUAGGAAAAGAUAAGAGUUUGAAAUAA